AUGGCUAGCAACGAAAACGAUGUGUUGACUCCACUGCUGGCUUUACACUCAGAGCACAUGCCUGCAAAGGACUCAGAGAUGUUGGGCAAACUCGCCCAGAAAUCAGUCGAACUUGUCACGAAGGCUUUGGGGAAGGACGCCAGCAAGUCUCAACGAGAGUCUCAGGCGAGCCGCCUCAAUGAGAAGGGGAAGAAGGAACAAAAGGAAGGAAAGUUUCAGCAAGCAUGCAUCUAUAGCAAUGCCGCCUCACUGUUGGCUGCCCGGCCACCAUCGCAGACGUACCCGCGCCGCAUGCCGAGCAUGUUUCUGAAUGACCUCGGUGGAUGUUUCCUCGCGUGGUUUCAGAAGACCAGACGUUGGGGCUUUGCCUUAGGGGCAGCUGCCGCAAUCGAGAUGGCAUUGAUACGGGACCCGAGCAACCAGGAUAGCCCUUACAACAAUGCCAAGGCCUUGACGGCGAGUAUGCAGGAGUUGGCCCCAGACCAGAUCGGAGCUGGCCACUGUCGUCUACUGCUCUGCCCUUCCGCUGAAGGAAGCGUGAUGCAUCCAGCAGUGGUACAUCGACCAAGCAGCGGCGAUGAGCUCAAGUGGCAGAUGACCAGGGCAGCCAGCCUCGACCCAGUUUGUGCGAAUAAUGCGCCCACCGUCGUCAUAGAUGACGCAGAACGCGAUGCUGGGGUGUUACGGCAGGAUACAUUUGAGCAUGCAGUGGCAGCGCUUUCCUCGUGUGGUGUCGCCGUAUUAAAAAACGCAUACCGUCCCGAAAUCAUUGCAGAGUUGGCCUCCGCUCAGGAGGCAGAGUUCGCACGUGUCCAGGCGGAGGGUUUAUUGAACGACUCCACCAUCACAGUCCCUGCCGGCAAAGAAGGCCGUUAUAAUGUCAAGGCCCCUUUUAGGAGGCCUUUCAUUGGCGAGGCAUACGUGGACAAUCCCAUCGUAAUGGGUGUGCUGUACGCAGCCAUGGGUGGCGUUCGUUCCAAUGAUGUAGAGGUCGCCACGUUGUCCCACGUCACGUCUCUGCCGCACAGUCCUCCCGGAAAUUGGCACGGCGACCACAGCGCUUUGUUUCAACCCAAUGAGCGAUACAGGGCUACUUAUGGCCUCCUGCCAGCACACGCGUGCAUCGCCAUCGUACCAUUAGCAAAUAUAUCAAUGGAGAUGGGGCCGACACGGUUUUUGCUCAAGUCACAUCUGCCAUGUAUGGGGGAAAGGCGCCCGACCCCGGUCGGUGGCGGUGUGAUUGUCGACGCCUGCUAUUUAGCGGACACGGUGUUGGACGGUGUAGGGGAUGUUGGCGAUGCGUUGCUCUUCGACAUGCGGAUCCUACACCAGGGCAGCGGCAAUGACUCCCCGAAUCUGCGACCGACGAUGUACACAACUUAUGCGCAGAAGUGGUUCUUGGACAGUGCAAAUUGGAAUGUCAAGCACACAGCUGCCUUCGACAGUUUUCCUGGUGAUCUGCGGCGGCGACUGUCCAGGUUGGAUUCCGAGGACUACCUGAAGAAGCUUGAGGCCUUGCUGGAGGAGAGGGGCGUGGACGUCAACGCUCUGCAGUCCAGCUACUUCUACAACAGGUUCGACAUAACUAUGGAGCGCGACGACCGAAUUGAUGGUCUUAUUCAGACUUGA